ACUGUCUUCCACAGUUUUUCCUUGCUGAGGUGUGCAGUUCUCAGCAGAAUGGUGGACAUCCAUGUGCUUCACAUGGAGCUUUUAGGCUUUGAGAAAAGGUUCUACCCAAGCCAACACUAUGUGUACAUGUUCUUGGUGAAAUGGAGCGACCAAUCAGAGAAACUGAUUUACAGAAACUAUCCAGAAAUCCACACAUUCCAUAAAUCUCUGAAAGAGAUGUUCCCAAUUGAAGCAGGACACAUUGAUCCUAAAGACAGAAUCAUUCCUUCUUUACCAGCUCCUAAAUGGCUGGACAAUCAGAAGACAACUGAGAACAGGCAGGGAACCCUGGCAGAAUAUUGUCACUCUCUGCUCAACUUGCCUCAUAAGAUCUCCCACUGUCAGCUGGUGAGCAGCUUCUUCAAAGUACGCUCAGAAGAUGAGACCCCACCUGCACCACACCCAUUCAAAAGAAACGAAACCUACGUCAUGUCCAGGGACAGAGCAAGGACCACCAAUUCCGAAAUCACAGGCCCCAUUAUGCUGGACACCUACAGAGUGAUCGCAGAUUACAGCAAGAGUUCAAAGUAUGAGCUCAACCUGAAGGCUGGAGAUCUGCUGGAUAUCGUGGAGAAGAGUCCCAAUGGCUGGUGGUUCUGUCAGUAUGACACUCAAAGAGGCUGGGCCCCAGCUUCUUACCUAGAACCACUGGACGGACCCGAUGAGUCAGAGGAGCCCGAGCCCAAUUAUGCAGGAGAGCUGUACAAAACCACCAAGGGCUACACAGCAGUGGAGGACGAUGAACUCACCCUGCAGUUGGGAGAAACCAUUGAAGUUAUCCAUAAGCUUUUGGAUGGCUGGUGGGUGGUCAGGAAAGGGGAGAAGACAGGCUUCUACCCCUCCAUGUUUCUGCACAGUACUGGGGAGAGGAGAGAGCUGGAGCCUGAUAGGAAUGUUGUGAGGAGAGAAACGCCUCCACCGAGGAGAUCGACGAUACGCAACGCAAAGAGCAUCCAUGCCAAGGGCCGCAGGCGUAUCAGCCAGGAGAGCUACAGUCGCCAGAGUCGCCGGUUCCUACAGCAGCGAGGAAGACUCCCGUCUCAGCCGAGAAGGAACUCCAGAGCCACCUUGCAGCAGAAUGAGGACAACACGGAGAGCAAUGCCAAACCAGCUUCUGCCGUGGAGGACACAAAGGUGACUCCGGUUAUCCCUCCCCGGCCCAGCCAUGAUCUCAUCAUGGAGCGCUGUACAGAGAGCACUCGAAAGAGAAUCAGCAUCCAUGCAAGCUGAAGCCAGAUCAGAGCUGUCCUCAAUGUGCAACCAGAAAAAAACAAGACCAGACUGAAACACUUUCCCGGAGGCUGAUCACUGAGACGGUGGUUUUCAGUUCCUGCGCUUUUCCCCUCAUUUUUCCAGCUGUACUCUCCGGCAUCGGUUUAAUUUAGCAGUAAAUAUCAAGGCUUCUUGAAUGGGUGGUGAAGAAAUUCUGUAGUUCGGGAUACUGGAUACUGGUACUGCAGUUAAGAGCACCACGGAUUCAAAGAUUUUACAUAUAAAACUUAAAAAUUUAUUUUCUGUGCUAUUUAACAAAAGUGACAGCAUUGUUUUAAGUUUUAAGCAUUGUUAAAGAUGUAUAUGCUAGCAUGUUUUUAUAGGCUACAUUUUGGCUUUUUUUUUUUUUACAAAGUUGUUUUAAUUUCAAUAAUAAAUAAAUAAGAGAUAUUUAACUAUACUUUUAAGACACUGUGAACAAUGUUGUAAAGUCAAUAAAAUAUUUACAAAACCA